GAGCGACUGGAGAAAGUGGGAUGGAGGGAGGACGGAAGGGUCCGGAGAAAAGAUGGGAGGAGGAGGGAAGACCUAAGAGCCUGUCCUCCGGGUGCUGGGUUACGGGGCAGUGUCGCGCCGCUUUCCGGGCCCUUCCUAGCGGGCGCGGGCAGCUGUCCGCACCAAUUCAGUCGUGGGUUUCCCGCCCAGGUGUAGACGUGAAAGGGUUAAGUUGGCUGACGCUGGGUGGUUUCCUGCGAGCGUAGAGCCGUGGGGGAUGUGGUUCAUUUAGUGAAGAAACACAAGAUCUGGAGAUCUGGCUUGUACUUUUUUUUUUUUCCUUUGACCGGAGGCCAUGGCUUAAUCUCUUCAACCGGUCUCCUCACCUGUGAAAUGAGGCGGUUGGCCUCAGUCUGUAAUUUUUGAGGCCUCUUUCAGAACUGCCAGUCUGUGAUUCCUGCCUCCCAGGAACUUACCUUUUAUCAUUCUCCUGAAUGGGACAAGAGAGCCUUUGAAUAAUGGACAUGUUUUACACUUGGGUUGGGCACGCUGCUGUGGAGUUAAUGCCGCUUGCCCUCAUUAGGAUUAAUUGUUCGUGGGUAGAAUUUGUUUCAUUCUUGAGGUCAUCUGCACAUUCUGACUGGGAAAAGAUGGUCAACGUCUUGAAAGGAGUGCUUAUAGAAUGUGAUCCUGCCAUGAAGCAGUUUCUGCUGUAUUUGGAUGAGUCCAAUGCCCUGGGGAAGAAGUUCAUCAUUCAAGACAUUGAUGAAACGCAUGUCUUUGUAAUAGCAGAGUUGGUUAGUGUGCUCCAGGAGCGAGUGGGUGAAUUAAUGGACCAAAAUGCUUUUUCGCUUACCCAGAAGUGAAAAUACUAGAUAUUGGCCACUUAGGAAUUAUAAGCAGCAAAUGUGAAAGAUUUACUUGCUUAGGAGCCUGCUGUGGGAAAGACGGAGGGAUCAUUUGCCCAGAAAAAGCCCCCUGAACUGAUUUUUUUGUACCCUAGAAUUAAAAAAAAAAACAACAAAAAAAACCUUUAACAGUUGGCUGUAAUUUGACUUAUUAUCCUUUAUUAAAAUAUAAAUGUUUAUA